CCAAUAAAGUGAUUACAGAACUAAUACAAAUGUUAAAAUAUAUGGAAAGCAUCGUGUGGUUGUGGUUUAUUCAAGGAGGUAUGAAUUGCAAUCAGAACUAAAAUGUGCAAAAAAGGCAGAGUUUUUAUCCACCUACACUUAUGUACACAAUGUUUUGCAAAUUAGAGAUUUAUUAUAAUGCUGUAGGUAAAACAGUAAGGUGACGUGAAACAAAAGCUUCAACUCCGAGGCUGCCUUUUCUCAGCUGUUGUGGGCGGUUCCACAGUUUGACGUCAGCGCUGUCAGGGUCUGCACAUGGAUUGCGAAUCCUCUGAGCUGUGGCUCAGUCUGCAGUCGGUUUUAACAUGUGCGCACGCACUGUUGUAAAUGUUUGGUGGGUGAGCUACAGGGGUUUUCUGGGUUAAUUAUUCAGAAUACUGAAUACCUGUCCAGGAUUAUUUAAAGGAUUUAAUUUUCAUAUAUAGGUGCAUAUAUAUAUAUACUUAAAAAAAACAUAUAUAUAUUUAUAAUUUUUUUUUUUUUAAAGAAGAUUUUUUUUCUUCUGUUCUGUACGAGAAAUGGAGAAAAUGGCUAGACCGAUCUCUGUAACCCCAACUUUCCAACCUCCGACGCAUGGGGUUCUGAAAUCGUUGCUGGAGAAUCCUGUCAAACUGUCCGUGCACCACGAAGAAGGUUUUGGGAAGGAGAAGGAGAAGGAGGAGAAAUUGGACGACGACGGUUCUGGCAGCAAUGUGCCGCAGUCUGCUUUCUUGGGUCCCACGCUGUGGGACAAGACCCUGCCUUACGAUGGGGACUGCUUUCAGCUGGAAUACAUGGACCUUGAGGAGUUUCUGUCGGAAAACGGGAUCCCAUCCGGCCCCAGCCAGCACAACCAGCACCAGCACCAGCAGCCUGCCCUGCCACUGGCGCCCGCACCCCCUCCCACCCCCUCCGUCAUGGACCUCAGCAAUCAGGCGUCCACUUCCGUUCACCAGGCCAUGAGCAACCAGAACUGCAUGCACAGCCCAGGCAGAGCAGUCCUGCCCUCGGCUCGCAACACUCCCAGCCCAAUUGACCCCGACAGCAUUCAGGUGCCCGUGGGCUACGAGCCAGACCCCGCGGACCUGGCCCUCUCCAGCGUCCCGGGACAGGAGGUGUUCGACCCACGCAAGCGCAAGUUCUCGGAUGAGGAGCUCAAACCGCAGCCCAUGAUCAAAAAGGCGCGCAAGAUCUUCAUUUCUGACGAGAUGAAGCAGGACGACAAAUACUGGGCAAGGCGCCGAAAGAACAACAUGGCGGCAAAGAGGUCGCGCGACGCCCGGCGACUGAAGGAGAACCAGAUCGCCAUCCGCGCCGGCUUCCUGGAGAAGGAGAACUCCGCGCUACGGCAGGAGGUGGCAGAGCUGAGGAAAGAGCUGGGCCGCUGCAAGAACGUCCUGUCCAAAUACGAGGCCAGGCACGGCCCCGUGUGAGAACGUCCUGUCCAAAUACGAGGCCAGGCACGGCCCCGUGUGAGAACGUCCUGUCCAAAAUCAGUAGCACCACCCCAAAACAAACCCGUCAUCUGGCACUUUAACAAAAGAAGAACAAUACAAAGUCCCGUUUUAGUUUUUUUGUUUUUUCAGCACUUUCAACCCUCUUGUAUCUUGAAAGGACGGUCAAGUGUUUUUUGUUUGUUUGUUUUUUUUACCUGAACUGAGAACCGUCGUAAACCUUUUUAUUUUUUUUUUCAAAUGCUGCUUCUGCAGACAUAUUAAAUCUACUUCCCGUCCCUGAUCUGUUCUUUCUGGUCUGUGCCCAUUACCCUUAAGGGUACACCUCCUUGUUUAAAAUGCCUCCCUUACCACUGUUAAGUGCACAAGACCUUUGGGGUUCCAGUGAUUUAGAGAGUGCAAGAUUAUCAUUUCUAGCUCGUUUUUUGUUGUAUUUUACAGCGGGUGAUUAUUUGUCUCUUGUCCUAACAUGCUUCUAUACGUGCUGUGAGUUUGAACACUAGCUACAUAAUAAGAUCCUUAUUUAUCUGUCUGUGCGUGCUUGUUUGUGUCAGGUGAAGAGGCAGCUCUUCCUAACAUCUCAGUGUGUGUGUGUGUAUAUAUAUAGAGAGAGAGGAUUGCUAGUAAUAGAAAACACAAGAGUGUUUCGGCACUAUUUAUAGCUCAAGCAAUAACCCCAUUGUAAUCUAAGGCAUGCAGUCUGGAUAUUACUUGUGGGCACAAAACGAAAUCCCUACAAAAGACUUCAUCUCCCCCUAAGACACAGGUAGCGCGCAAGUGUUUGAGGAGAUUGUGCUCAGCAUCAGUGCGCAGAGGGAUGGGAACUUUGAAACUUGCAGUUUGAGAACCUUUUCAUACACUGGCGCAACGUUUGAAACGAAUAACUUUUAAAAUGAAUUAUUGUGUUAAUUGUGUAUUAUAGGGCUCUUUUCACUAAGUUUUAACGCCUGGGUUAUUUCAAAGAGUGUGUUGUUAUGAAUAAAGUCAAGUCUAAUGUUCUGGAGUAUUGGUGGUUUCAUUACAAACAGUAAAAAACUGUUUUAUAAACAUCACACUUUAUUUAAUUCAUAAUAACAGACUUUGAACAAACAGCUCUUGAGUUGGAGCAUGUUGUUGUUUAUUAUUAUUAUUAUUAUUAUUAUUAUUAUUAUUAUUGUUAUAAUAAUGAUUAUUUUAGCAUGGUUUCUUUCCACAGUUGGAUUAAGUCUGAGUUCUACAUUUUUUAGAGCAUGGUUUAUAAGUAUCACACUUUUGAAUUCGUCUUUAUAGCUAUGUGUUUGCCUUCUUUUGGAUGCUGGUUGUGAGAUGAAUGUAAAAAGACAUAUUAACAUAUAAAUAUGUGGGCUGAUGUUGUCCUAUACUGUGGGUAAUCUAAUCGACUUGUCAAUCAAUUUGUUUACUACAGACCAAAAAAAAAAAAAAAAGAUAAAUAUUAUAAAAGAGAGAUUUAAUGUUUAUACAAAGCAAUUAUAUAGGUCAUUUUUUUACAGUAGUUUUCCAAUACAAAUACUGACAGUGCAUUUUAAGAGGCACUAAUAAAUAUAUAUAUAUAUAUAUAUAUAUAUAUAUAUAUAUAUAUAUAUAUAUAAUCAAACUCAAACAAUAGGUAUACUAUUUAAAUGUUAAAUCUAUAUUAUAUAAUCACAGAUAAUGUACAGAGAGACAUGCUUUCAGCUUGUUGGUACUCAUGCAGUACGUUUUUAAGUGGCAUCUCCAAUUCUGCAUUGCAUGGCUCAUCACCACGAUUCAUAUCAUAGGAAGGGUUCAAACAUUACAAUGAAAAGUCAUCUUUAGAUAGUGAGGCCUUCGGGUCACAAAGGGCAGCAGCGAAACGAUUUAGCAGUGGAGGUUUACUUCUUUGUUUUACAUAGAGACCUGAGAGAGAUUUGCUUCCCUUUUUAAACACACCGUUAUAUUGACACUGCAUUGCAUCAUUAUUGCAUUUUAUUUCACACGUGUGCGUGUGCGUGUGGUGCUCGUGCACGUGCGUGUGUGUGUGUGUGCUUGACCGGUGUCAUGCAUGAAAUAGUUAUAGUGAAAGUGGUUUCGACUGCCAGUGUUUCUGGAGGAAUGACCAUCCCUUGUUUACUGCUUAACAGUCAAUUGUUUGAGUUUCAAGUGCUGUAAUAAACACAUAAUCUCAUGAACCCUGACACGGUACAGCUGACAGGCCUAUUGGUGGUUUUUAAAAGUGCUGGAAUUCAGUUUCCUUAUAAGAUUUAUAAAAAAAAACUAUAUAUAUAUAUAUAAUUUCUAUUUUUGUGUGUGCAGAUUUCCUCUGCCAUCGUAUGUUUUACUGGAUAAAAAUAAUGCAUGUAGUGUAAUUUUUUGUUUUGUUUUAUAGCAAAUCAAGAGGCUUAGUUUUAAAAGUUGAAAAAAAAAGUAACUCAGGGCAGCUGGGAGAAUUCGAAUGUUUUAACUAGGCAUUAUACCAGUGUUUGUUUACGCAGGUGUUUGUCUUCUUGUUGGUGACUUGGUAUUGCUCUGCUCGUUUCCUUUGCGUCCCAGGAGUGAUGUCUAAUGCAGGGCUGCAGAGUCUAACUUCUUGUGGUGAUAAGAUCUUCAGAAAUCUGUAGUUACAUUUUCUUGUUGAGGCUGUUUUCAGAAACCGGAAGGUGAUGAUUGUGAUUGCGAGAUGCAAGUCGGGUCAAACUAAUUCCGUCAGGGAAUUGUCUCGUGCCUCAAGACGAUCUGAACAGGGGAUCAUGCCAGAAUGAGUUAGCAUUACUGUCCUUGUGAAACCCACGCUAGCCCUGCCCCCAGUCCUGGAUUUCAUAAUCAGACCCCUGCUAAAUCUACUCUGAGCUGCACUUCUCAUCACAGUCAGAUUGAAGUCUGUAGGGUUACUGUUUGGAGUUGUUCAAGCCGCUAUAAGGAGGGUACAAAUAAUUUAACUUGGGUCUGAUUGCACACACCCCUGCGUCCUGAUGAAGUAAAUAAUACAGCUAAUUGAGGGUAGCUCUGAAACCUGGGACUAGAUGCAGGGCGAGUGUGAUCCCGAUAGCCCUGCCUCGUAUAAAGCAUAUAACUCUGAUUCUGAGUCUGUUCAAGUGCCUUGUAAUUCAGUGUCUUUUACAAAUGGCUUGGAGAGACCCAGAACUUCAGGGCUGUCCAGUCUAGCAGUCUCUGACUUUCAUUUUGACCCUUUUAGAGGCUCAAAUAAAAAUGCAAUUUUUUAUUUGAUUUUUUCCUCCACCUUCCCCUUACCUAAUUGCAAACUUUCUGAUCGAGUUGUUUCACUCUGAUAUUAGAAUCAUUAUUCUCUGGAUCCAACUGUAAACCCCUAGUCACGACUUCUUCUGAGAACUUCCUGAUUCCAAAGAAAUCACGUGAUCAACUGCUGGCCCCACCCUCAUCAUUCUAUUACUAUAGGAGUCAGCAGAGCUGAAAGGGCACUGCAUUGUGGGUUUCAUUUGGAAUCAGGAAGUACUCAGAAGGAGCCGGAAACUAGGAUUCUGCAGGCUCAGGCAAUGUUGAUUCCGAUAUAAAAGAACAGUUUGAAUUCCAUGUUGGAGCAAUAUAACUCUACUCAGAGGGUAUGCAUGUAAAUAGUAUCUGAAGCUAUUUACCUUUAGAAUUAUUUUUGUAUAAUCUCAGUGGAAAGAUUACCAUUGUACUUCUGGCAACGCCACUAGACUGCAUCAGCGAGAAGGGUACAUAAAAGAGAAGACCAUUUUAGUUUGUGUUGGAUGCAAAGACUGUGCAGCCCAGGCCCUCUUCAUGUCUGUACUUUGUGUUUAAUAAUAAACUCUUUACAGUUUCUUCUCUCAAA